AUGCCAGGUGGGUGUCGAAAGAGGAAAAGAGGGGAAAGGGUUUUCAAAUUCAAGGUGUUUGGGGAGAGGGGUUAUCCCACCGACUUCAAUGGGUCUUUUCACGAUAACGUUAUCGCACUUUUGGAAUACGGGCAACAGGUUGAGGUGUGUGGGCCCAUGCCCAGCUGGUCGUUCCACCUCGAAGUCCGCCGCCAACCUCUGUUGCAUAUGUUUUUGGUUGUUGUCCAAGAAGACGUGUCGCUCGACCUUCGUUGCAACCAUUGCCACUACAUAGGCUGGGGGCAUCACAUGAUGUGCAAUAAGAAGUACCAUUUCGUGUUGCCGACAAAGUCUUGUGGUUCAGCUGUUGAUUAUUUCAAGUCUAGUGCGGUUCAGUUGCAGGCCCAUACCCACACUCUUCACGGCGUCUUUCACUCUAAUGGUUUUGGCCAUUUACUCUGUAUUAACGGUUCAUCUGAAACCGGGUCUGACUUGCCUGGCUACCAAAUCAUGGAUUUUUGGGAUCGUUUGUGCUCCGCAUUGGGAGCAAGGAAAGUGAGCUUGAAAGAUGAGGCAAAAAGGAAAGGCAUGGACCUUAGGUUGCUCCACGCUAUCGCCUAUGGCAAACCGUGGUUUGGAGAAUGGGACUAUGUGUUUGGCCGGGGAACCUUUGGAAUCAAUCAAGAAACAUACCAAAGUGCAGUAAAGGCCAUCCAAAACAUUCCCGUUAGCCCGAUUGCCACCCAUCAACUAACAUUCUCAAAUAUUGAGAUCCAAACAAUAUUGUCUAGGUACCAAAUCCUGUCGGGACACUCCUUGGCCACGCUAGGUGACCUAUUUCAUUUCAUGCUCCAACUGAAACUCCGAAUUCCAAAAGAAAACAUUAAUAACGCAAUAUUCGACUCUCACUACUCGCGGAUCAUGUCAGACACGUCCUGCAGGUGGUCUCCCAAGCGUGUUGAGAUGGCCAUCCAUGUGGUAGUUGAGGCCCUUAAACGGGCUGAGUUUCAAUGGGUUUCUAGGCAGCACGUGAGAGAUGUUGCACGGACGUAUAUUGGUGACACGGGCCUGCUUGAUUUUGUGCUCAAGUCAUUGGGCAAUCACAUGGUGGGGAAAUACUUUGUAAGAAGAUGUCUUAAUCCAGUCACCAAAGUGUUGGAAUAUUGCUUGGAGGACGUCUCGAGGGCUAGCAUCGAUUUCAAGGGUAAACAACAAAUUAAGGUAUCUUGGGGUCAGCUCACCACAGACAUUUUAUGUGCGUAUAAAAACAUUUUAAACGCGAGACCUGAUGAAAAUGCGAUGAUGCACGGUUAUGUCGACGGUGUUUUGGCUAAUAAUGCUUCAAGAAUCAUUCUUGAUUCCAAGUAUCUCGUGAAAGAAUACCGUAGGGAUUUGGAAACGUAUGAUGAGACCAACACGUGGAGGAUAUACUGCGCCGUUAAUGUCUUUAUAACUAGUGGCAAUGAAAAAUCAAAAGAAAAAGGGGUCAUGACCAAUAAUAUUAUUAGUACACCAUACCAUUGCUUCAUCUUGAGGAGCAACACAAGGUUUGAGGAGCUAAGGUUUCAAGUUGAGAAGACAUUUAGAGAAACAUAUGUGCGGUUAAGGGAGUUUGUGGCGGGAAACCCCAUAGUUAACAAAGGGUCGGAUUUGGUUUUUAAGAGUGUUAAACCAGGAAGCAAAAUGGUGUUUGAGUGGCAGCUGCAACAAGGAUUGGUUGGUGAAGGACUAAGUAUGGUUGUGGAUUGCCUCUGUGGUGCCAAAGAUGAAGAUGGGGAAAGGAUGGUGACAUGUGAUAUAUGUCAAGUUUGGCAGCACACGCGGUGCGUACAAAUCCUAGAGAGUGAUGAGAUUCCGAGUAUAUUUAUUUGCAGCGCUUGCGAGCAAGAUAUCAUGCGUUUUCCAUCUUUUCCGUAG